AUGGAAAAAAUAAAAGUUUUGGAUGGUGGAUUUUCCACGCAACUUGCUCGAUACGUCGGGGAUAUUAUAGAUGGAGAUCCUUUAUGGAGUGCAAGAUUUUUAUACACUAAUCCCGAAGCCGUUAUAAAUUCACACUUGGAUUUUUUAAAAGCUGGUGCAGAAAUAAUUAUAACAAAUAGUUAUCAAGCCAGCAUAAGUGGAUUUAAAGAAUAUUUGGGAUGCGACGAAACGGAAGGUUACGAUUUAAUAAAAAGUUCUGUCAGAUUUGCUAAACGUGCCAGAGAUUUAUAUCUUGAAACUAAUCCAGGGGCUAGACCUCUAAUUGCUGGAUCUGUUGGUCCUUAUGGAGCAUCAUUACAUGAUGGUUCAGAAUAUACAGGGGAAUACAUGGAUAAAGUAGACAAAGAUGCUAUAAUGUCAUGGCAUCGUCCAAGAAUAACAGGUCUCAUAGAGGAAGGAGUUGAUUUACUUGCUUUCGAAACCAUACCAGCAUUUAAAGAAGGUGAAUUUUUAUUGGAAUUGUUAAAGGAGUUUCCCAAACAAAAAGCCUGGCUAUCUUUUCAAUGUAAAAAUUCCGAACACACAGCCAAGGGUGAAAACUUUCAAGAAGUUAUUAAAAAAUGUUGGUCAAUGAAUAAAGAGCAAUUAGUUGCUGUGGGAUGUAAUUGUUUAAGUCCAAAGUAUGUUAGUAAAUUAUUUAAAGGAAUAAAUGAAAAUCGAACUGAUAAAAUUCCUUUAAUAGUAUAUCCAAACAGUGGAGAAGAAUAUAUUCCUAACAUAGGAUGGUUUGGAAAUGAAAAACUUUUUAACAUGAACAAAUUGUUUGGCGAAUGGUUUGAUUAUGGGGUUAAGUAUAUAGGAGGUUGUUGUAGAACAAAUGCGGAUGAUGUUAAAAAUAUAAGCAAUGCUGUUAAGCAGUGGAACUUGAAAAAAAAAUGA